CGCCAUUUCAGAGACAGAAACCUAAAUAAAAUCUGGUCGACAUCAUCAUCUCACCUUCGCGAUUCACCUUGAAACUACAACCAUUUUGCAUUCAUUGAUAGGACAUCAUUGCGGCUUCACUAGAAGCUUGCUCAUAUUUUCGGUUUGCCUGUAGUCUUACUCGUGCAUUUGACAGCUUUCUAUUUCGAUAAAGCGACUACCCCUCUACCGAGCGACAUAAUCAUAGCUCUACCCCUUAGACUUCUACAUUAUCCGCAUUCGCAAAUAUUUCAGCUUCCGAAAGCCCAGCACAACUCAAAAUGGCUCCAGCGGAAGGGGACAGCAACACCGGAGUAACAGCUUCCGACUCUCAACCACAAAGCGACGGUCAGCGCAACAGAGGACGAGGCCGAGGAAAGGGAAAUCAGAAUCGACGAGGCGGCCAACGGCGUGGCCGUGGCGGUAACAACUCCAACGUGCCUAGUGUUCCCGCAAACCCGGCUGCUCAAGAUGUCGCCGCUGCAGCUUCCAGAGCCCAUGCCAUGGCUGCUGGUAAAGCAGCUGAAGCUGCCGAAGAUGACGACAGCGAAGUGUGCUUUAUCUGCGCGAACCCAGUCGCUCACCACUCUAUUGCGCCUUGCAACCAUACAACAUGUCAUAUUUGCGGCCUGCGCAUGAGAGCCCUUUAUAAGACAAAGGACUGCGCUCAUUGUCGUACCCCAGCUCCCUAUGUCAUCUUUACCGACGACCCCGAGAAACGUUUCGAGGAAUACUCAGAAAAGGAUAUCACAACCACCGACAGCAACAUCGGAAUCAAGUACACAAAAGAGGAUAUUGUGGGCGAUACCGUUCUCCUCCUGCGAUAUAACUGCCCCGACGCAUCCUGCGAUUUCGCUGGCCUCGGUUGGCCUGACUUGCACCGCCAUGUCAAAUCCGCUCACCGCAAGCGCAUGUGCGAUCUAUGCACUCGUAACAAGAGGGUAUUCACACAUGAACAUGAGCUAUUUGCGGAUAAGGAACUGGAGAAGCACAUGCGUCAUGGAGACGACAAACCCGGCGCGGCAGACCAAACAGGCUUCAAGGGUCACCCCCUGUGUGGGUUCUGUGGAGAGCGGUUUUACGACGACGACAAGCUGUACGAACAUUGUCGGAUGAAGCACGAGCGUUGCUUUAUUUGCGACAGGCGAGACUCGAGACACCCCCACUACUACCUCGACUACAACGCACUUGAAGAGCAUUUCAAGAAGGACCAUUACCUGUGCAGCGACCGAGAAUGUUUGGAAAAGAAAUUUGUAGUCUUUGAGUCGGAGCUGGACUUGCAGGCUCACCAACUCAGUGAUCACGGUGGUAAAGCAACAGGCAGAGACGCACGAGUAGUCAACAUCUCGGGAUUCGAUAUUCGGACACCAUAUCAGCAGGAGAGGGGCGGAGGCGGUGGUGGGAGAGAAGAAGGACGAAGAGGAGGUAGAGAGGGGCGAAGAGGAGGGAACAGAGGCCGCGACCCUAAUAUGGAACCGGUCCCCGCAAGCUCAGCCCAGCCAUUACGGCGUGAUGAGAUUGCUUUCCAGCGGCAAAUGGCCAUCCAUUCUGCGCAAUCUGUGUCCAAUCGCACAUUUGGUGGCUCACUCUCUGCGGCUUCACCCACCCCCGCCCAAGCCUCAUCGCAAUCUCGUGGUGGCAGCUCAUCGAAUACUCCCCGUGCCAGUCAGACAAACCUUGCUAAUCCCAUCGAAUCUGCUACUGUCCCGGACCCUGCCAACCUCAGCCCUGAGGAGCGUGCCCGACUUGUACGCCACGGUGCUGUAGUCGAACGAGCAUCAAACCUCCUCGGCAACGAUGCGCAGCGUAUGGCAACAUUCCGAAACCACAUCUCUUCAUAUCGUCAAGGCGGGCUUACUGCACCUCAACUCAUCGAUGCUUUCUUCACUCUCUUCGCCGAUACUUCCUCAAACGCUCUUGGUACGAUGGUCCGAGAAGUUGCAGAUCUAUAUGAGGACAAGAACAAGGCCGAUGCCCUUCGCAAAGCCUGGCAGGACUGGCGUGCCAUCAAUGAAGACUACCCCAGCUUGCCUGGACUAAGUGGUAUGCAUGGCGCAACCUCGAGUUCAAGUGGUUGGGCCAAUGCAGCAUCUGCCAACCCAGCAGUUCCUAAUGCAAAGGCCACACAAAAGUACUCAAACCGUGUCUUGAAGCUCAAGAACAGCACAAGACUUGGCGGCCCUGCGCCUGUAUCCUCUAGCGGAUCUUCAUCGUGGGCCGCUCGUCCUGCUGUCAGUGCUCCCCCCUCGUCCUCCAACGCAUUCCCGUCUCUUCCCUCAGCCGGCAACUCCUCAUCCUCUGCCUCUCGCUCCAACUGGACGACUCCUACUCCUUCAUCCUCACAAUCCACAACCCUCAACCGUCCCCGUCCUGCUCCUCGUCCUACUGGCGAGGAUGCUUUCCCUGCUCUUCCCACAGCGCCAAAGCCUACCACUACAAUCUUUGGCUAUGGAAAUGGUCGGGCCGUACGACGCGACUAUGGAAGUCGUGAAACGGGUUUCCAAUGGGGCGGCAGCGGCUCCAGUACACCAGCUGGUGAAGAGCCCACCGAGGAUGACGAGGCUGGUAAUAAGAAAAAGGGCGGCAAGAAGGGCAAGAAGGUCCUUGUGCAGUGGGGUUAAAGUCAUUAUUUGAUAGAGUCGAUGUGUAAAUAUUGUCAGGUCAUUUCGUACCAUUUGAUUGGUGUUGGUAUCUCGAGGAUGUCGGGCAUUGAACUGGGAAUAUGAAGUGGCAUAGCGACCGGUUGGGUCUUCAGGUAGCGAGCGUAGUUAGGCAUAGUAAUGUAAACACCAUUCUGCCAUGUCGUUUCGUAUUAAGUUGAGUAGAUAUCUCCUCAAGACAUAGUUAGAUAGUUUCGACCGUUACAAUAAACUAUGAUCAUAUUAUUGUA